AGUUCAAUUCAGUAAGCUAACACGAAUACAAGCCUAUUUCGUAACAUUAUCAAAGAUGGGUUCAUCAAUGAAAAACACAGAGUCUGGACAUAUUCUUAGAGAUGACCGAAUAAUAAUAGAGCGAAAUUCCUAUAGAUCCAUACAAUUGUGAGAAAACGUUUUUCUCACAGCAUGAUGAUCUUAGCCGCUUGAUAAUAUUUUAGUCUACUUUUUACCACAUUCUAUCUAUUCGAGUGUAAAUGCUUCGUUUUUUCUUGAUUAUCAAAUAAAAACAGACAGUGCAAUUCAAAUCUUUCUCUACCUCCCUAUACAGCUAUACAAAUCCAUUGGAUCUAAUUUCUGACUUCAUAAAUAUCUAAACACAUGUCCAUCCAAAACGUUCGCCAAGAUGUGUUCUUCAAAUCAAUUUGCAUUAAUUCAACUUUUGCUAUUCCAUUCCAGCAACCUUAAAUCCACAGACCACAACUUUCUUCAUCACCUCUGAAUCACCGACCACAACAUUACUAUGCUAUAUAAUACCUGCCGAUGUGGCGCAGUCUACUGGCUAUCAAUCACCACCAGAGCAACCGACAUCUUCCUCAUCAACCGCCAGUCGACAAAUAACAACAACAACAGCCACCCCGACCAUUUCAACAACUAUUACCACCAUCACCAUCCUUUCAACAACUGUUACAACAACAGCAACAACAGAGACGACUACAACUACUUCAUCAACCAGCACCACAACUACCACAACAACGGAGACAACUACGACCACUUCAACAACUACCACAACCACAACAACAGAAACCACAACAGCAACUUCAACAACUAGCACCACAACAACUGAGACGGCUACAACAACUAGCAUAACCACAACAACAGAAACGACCACAACCACAACAACAGAAACGACCGCAACCACAACAACAGAAACAAUCACAAUCAUAACAACAGAAACGACUACAACAGUUUCAACAACUAGUACAACAACAACAGAAACGACUACAACAGUUUCAACAACUAGUACAACCACAACAGCAGAGUCAACUAGUGAGAUCCCAACGAGCAGUGCGACGAUAAUUAUGAGCGAAUCCUCCAGCGAAGUAACUUCUUUAAGAUCAUCGUCGAAUACAUAUAUGACUGCUUCUACCGGUGAUACAACAAAAGAAUCAACUGAACAAUCAUCUUUUGCUUCCACUCCAGCAUUAAAUACGUCUCAAUCGUCUACUGUAAGUUCAAUUUCAACUGCAAGUGGAAGCUCGAUCAUGUCUUCAUUAGAUGUGACAAGAUACACUAGUUCGAUCAUGAAUGUUUCUGAAAUGAUGUUCAGUGAUACUACGCGUUUGCAAACAUUAUUAUCGUCAGCGCCAGUAUCAGUUUUCACAUCUGAAACGGAUUAUACUACGACUAUUUGCCAUACGUUUCCCCAUGAAUUGUUCACAUCAGUGAAUAGUGAAACAACAACGACGACAACUCCUUCACCAGUAAGUUCUGGAUUAUUGUGA